GGAACUUAACACAUGUUGCGCAUAAUGAAAUUGUUUUAAAACUUUCUCUGAAAAUAUAAACAAAAUGUUGGUGGCGCUUUUUAGAGAGCUUUUUGACAUAAACUACUUACCUUGGCUUUAUAAGUAAUUGUAGUAACAAUGGAGAAACAGAUAACUUAAUUUUGUUUUAAUUUUUAUAAAAAAUUUAAAUGGAGACGGAGGCCAACGAAAACGCAAGUGCCACUCAAAAAAAGACAUUAGUUUCGCAUUUUGAGUCUUUCAAAACUUUUCUAAAGAGUUUUUGCAAGGAGCUAAGAAUGUCACCCUGGAAAUCACUUAUUGGUCCAGGAGAGUUACACGAGAAUGAUUUUUCCCUUGUUCAUCUGUGGUAUAUAUUUAUUUUAUCGUUUAUUCCAGUGUGCAGUUUACUAACGAAUGUUGGGUUAAUACGCCCAUAUAUCGGCACUGACAGCGGUUUAUGUAACUGGGAUGUAAAUCGAUAUAAGUGUGAGAGUAUAAUUGUUUUUUUUAUUACAUACAGAAUAAGUUUUGCGCUUUCUGCUUUUUUUUUGCUGACGGCAAUACUAUUAACGCAAGUCAAAAAAGAAAAUGCGUAUGGCACAUCAAGUUUGCACACUGGAUUCUGGAUUGAAAAAAUUAUUGUUGUUCUAGUAAUAUCUUGCGUAGCUUUUGCAUUUCCACCGAGUACAUUUGAUAGAGUUUGGAUAUACUUUGUACUUUUCAGUGAUCUCAUGACCUCAACUUUACAAAUGUUUUUAAUACGCGAUGCUUCAAAAUAUCUUCAUGAAAAAUAUUUUGUUAUUAAAAAGAAAAAUAACACAAAGCAUGUUCAGUUUUUUUUAAUUUUAUUUUGUAGUAUGUUCUUGUCCACAUUUAUCACCAUUUUCUUCAUUUCUUUUUCAAUUUACGAACAAAUUAUAUCACCAAGUAGCACACAAUUUAGUAUCUUAGCAACAAUUGUUACAGUUACAAUAAUAUUGAGCUUUUUGGUGUAUACCGCAGUUCGUGAAAAGCAAGAGUUUUUUUCUUCUACCCAGGUUGCUUCUUUCUGCGGAUUAUUAUUAUAUAAAUCAUCAACUUAUCACAUUUCAAAAGAUGAAUCAAAUGUAAUUUCUACAGAUUUUUCAAAAGUUGUUUCAGUUGCAAUGUUAUACAUAACAAUAAUAUACGCUUUUGUCAGAAAAGAUCGUGUAUUUUACUUUUUUUAUUUCAAAUGGACAAUAUGUCGAGAACACUCUCUUGUAGAUAGACGAUUAAAAGUACCUUGGAAUACCAAUGAAAAAAAAAACAAUAAGGUUAAUCCUAACGAGACCUUGCUUGAUCUCGAUGGAGGCAUAGAUCCAAAACCAUUAGACACUAUAGACUUAAAACAAUCGCAGUUUUUAUUAAUUGAUGUUAAAGAACCUGGUACUCAUGUAUCGUACAACGAAGCUUUGAUUCAUGCAGUGUUGUUUGUGGUUUCUCUAAAAUCAACUGGCUUAGUAACAAACUAUUUCCAGCUCUCUGGAUCUACAGAAAAACUGCACUUAGAAAAAACUUUAGCUGCAUCAGCUGCGUUGCUUUUUUGCAGUAUUUUUGUUCCCCUUCUUUAUUGUUGGUUUUUAGUAUUUAAACAUUUUACGUAUGAGUCUAUAAAUCCGCUUUCAACAAACAAGUUACUUGAAGAAUUUUUAAAGGUAUUUUGGCACAUUAUUUUUAUAACUUUUGUUAAAACUCCACUAUGUUUUAAAAAGUCAACUCUUUCUCGAUAUGUUUAUACCAUUUUUUUCUUAACAACAUUUACGUUGGCGUGUGUUGGUCUGACACCACUUUUUAGGCGUUUUUUAGAAAAAACAACUUUUUUUUGCGACCAUGUUGGCGCAUUAGGCGCAUGUAUGUCAAAAGAUCCAGCGUUUAUUGGGCUCUAUCGUGUUUUUGGAACUGCUGGGAUUUUUUUCUUAAUUCUCUCAGUUCUUUUAAUGAGAAUAAAGACUGUUGACAACCCACGUGAUUCAAUUCAUAACGGAAGUUGGUUACUUAAAUUUAUUCUAUUAAUAUUAAUAUUUGUGUUGCUUGUAAAUAUGCCUAAUAAAUUCAGUCGAGUAUGGCUUUACACUAGUUUGUUUGCUACAUUUGCAUUUGCGUUUGUGCAGUUGUUAUGUCUUCUUGAUAUUGUGGACAUUAUAAAUACCUCAUGGACUGAAACUACAAAAUGGUCUCCAAAUACUGUUUAUGUCAGUUCAACAAGUUUAACUACGUUUAUGUACGCAAUCUCUACAGCAGCAUUUGUAUGUUUUUAUGUCUACUUUGCUCACAAUUACAAUUGCCGUGUCAACCGCCUUUUUAUUAGUAUCAAUUUGGUUAUAUGCAUUUCAGCUAGCAUCAUUUCCAUACAUCCAAUAAUCAAAUCAGGAGGUUUGUUACGUUCAGCUCUUGUGACCUCAUUUUGCAUGUAUUUAACUUGGUCAGCACUUAACUAUAACCCUAAUGAAAAAUGUAAUCCCCUGGCACAUACUAUAAUAAUGUUAGAGCCUAAACCAACGCGAGAUGCUGUAUCAAUUAUGGAUAUUUUUUUUCUCGUUAUCACACUUAUUUAUUUUACUACACGUGUUGAAAUUGUAUCUUUUAAUAUGGAAGAAUUGUUUCCAAAAUAUUUAUUUCACUUAAAAGUUUCUAACGCUAAUAAUACUAAAACAAAUAAUGAAAAUCUUACAGAAGAGCAACUACAAAAGCGUACACAAAAUAAUCAAUUUCAUCCAACAAAUAAAGAAAAAACUCUAAAAGAUAGAAUACUUUUUGGUGAAAACUGUUGUAGAGAGUAUUUACAUAACGAUUCAAAAUGCGAACAAGCAGAAGUAGCUGUUCAAACCGCUUAUAGCUAUACCUGCCUUCAUUUUGUAUAUUAUCUGGCCACCUCGUAUUCUUUUGCCUUACUUACACACUGGUUAGAGCCUGUUCCAGGAUCUGCAUUCAAAAUAAAUAUUCAUUGGGCAAUCAUGUCAGUAAAAAUGCUUGGAAGUUCGACGUGUGCACUAUUAUAUGUAUGGUCAUUGAUUGCACCAACUUUAAAAGCCAUGUACAUAAAACGACAAGACAUUUAGUUAUUUUAAUACAAUCAGUAUUUUGAUUUAAAAUAAUAAUGACAACAUUAAUUAUAAUAAUUUUUAAUAUUUUAACUAAUAUUUAAAUGAUAUUUUAACUAAAAAGUUUAGAACAUUUUUUAUGAGAACUAUUUUUGUAACUUAU